UUUGGCACAGAAACAUGGAGUAAGGCACAAGCUCAGCCACAUGGUUUUCCAGUUGUCCAGCUCUUGAUAAGAACCAAAAAUGAUUUCUUUCAAUAUCACUUGCAGUCACCCAUCACCAGCAGCCGUGAGAGAAAAGGAUAGACGGAAGGCCAUCGGAAGUCGUCCCAGCAACCUUUGAAGAGCCAGCGCAACAUGCAGGAAAACCUUGUUUCUCGCUGGUAUUUUGGUGGACUCUCCUCUAGCGCGGCCGCCUGCUUUACACACCCACUAGAUUUGAUUAAGGUGCACUUACAAACGCAGCAGGAAGUGAGGAUGGGGAUGAUCGGAAUGACUGUGAAUGUGGUCAGGAGAGAAGGUUACCUGGCUCUCUACACCGGCCUCAGUGCUUCUCUCUGCCGGCAGAUGACUUAUUCUUUGUCCCGUUUUGCCAUAUAUGAGACCAUCAGAGACAAACUGAAUAGAAAAAACAAAGGUGUCUUGCCCUUCUACCAGAAAAUCCUCCUGGGGGCCUUCGGAGGGUUUACGGGUGGCUUCAUUGGGACCCCAGCUGACCUGGUGAAUGUACGAAUGCAGAAUGACAUCAAGUUGCCGGUAGAACUCAGAAGAAACUAUGCUCAUGUGCUUGAUGGACUAUUACGUGUUUGGAGGGAAGGUGAUACAAUUGUUCUAGAGGGGAUGAAGAAACUGUUCUCCGGUGCUACAAUGGCUUCUGCCAGGGGUGCAUUGGUCUCUGUUGGACAGCUCAGACACACAGCCUCCCACCUCCCUGCCAUGCUGACUUACUUGUAUCUGUCUUGUUAUGACCAAUCUAAACAGUUGGUUUUGGCAACUGGUUACCUGGCUGACAACACCCUUACUCAUUUCUUGUCCAGUGUGUUUGCAGGUGGCUGCGCCAUAAUCUUGUGCCAACCACUUGAUGUUAUUAAAACAAGAUUAAUGAGCUCAAAGGUGGAAUAUAAGAGUGUGUUUCACUGUCUAACAGAAACAGCAAAGCUGGGCCCAAGGGCAUUCUAUAAGGGUCUUGUUCCUGCAGCUGUGCGCCUCAUCCCUCACACAGUCUUAACGUACAUGGUCCUCGAAAAGCUAAAACAGCAUUUUGGUAAGGUCGUGGUCACCUGAGAUUGUCAGUGGUCACGUUCUAGUCUUCAGAAAACAAGUGGUCCUUCAUCAUAAACAGGCACUAUCAAAUGGCAAAUGUAACUGAAGAAAUGCACUUUUCAUACAUUGUCUGUAUCCAUAACACAAAGGAAUUCGUGCAUUAAUAAGUCAGGCUCCAGAUAUCCUCCAGAUGAACAAUGGACUGUGAUCUGUAAUUUAUUUUUGUGUUUGUCACAGCAUUAUAAACAUUCAACCGAACUUUUUCAUAAUCAUUGUCGUAACUUUAACUGUCAUGAACUAAAGAAGAUGUCUUCUCUAAAGGUGAUAUGAGAAGUUCAGAAAAAGAGGUCAAUUAAAUAAUGUCAAAUGUCUUUCACCAGGCAGUUCUGUGCCUCUGCUUAUAUGCAAUAUGUAUUUGCAAUGAUGCUGAAUUUCAAGUAAAAAACUAUCAAACAGCCAUGUAAA